AUGAAGAGGGGAUCGUGUGACUGACGUCUACCCAUCUCCUACUCUGUAGUGUACACCCCGCUAUUCACCACAUGCAAUGAAGAAGAGCGAUGAAGUCACCGACUGCUGAAGAACCCUAACUUACGAUACUCCUUACUGUAGCUCCGGAUCUCGGAUCAUGAUCGCCCACCCCCUCUUACACAGCAGCGCAGCAAGUCCCAACUUUUUAUUUGUGUACGACCACCAAUCCCCCCAAAGUAUUGACCUUUCAGGUGGGAUCUUCAGGAUGAUCGCGGUUCAUGAGGUAGGACAACAAUCUUGGGAGAGAGGGCUGCUGCCUGUCCUUAUCAGUGACGAUCACGAAAUCGUCGACGUAUUGCAUGGCGUUCGCUGGGAGGCAAAUCUGCUCCUGUUGAUGUGGAGUGUCAUUAUUGGGAUGUUUGUUUUGCCUUCGCUUCGCGUGGUGAUAAGCCUGCCGGUAGAAAUCUUGGAACCCGCUACUCAGUAGUCCCGAUGGUCGGUAAUGUGUGGUAUUAGAUUAGAGAGUUAA